AUGCACUUCGUGUGUCGGGACACACACCGCUGCGCACUUCGUGUGUCGGGACACACGCUGCUGUGCGCUUCGAACAGUGACGCCAACGUUCCGCAGUGGCGGGAGACAACCGUCACCGAUGUGUCCAUCCUCAUCCUCAUGUAUUCGGUCCCGAAGGCGCGCCUGAGCGUGCUGGACACAGGCUCGCAGGGCCACACCGUCACGCACGCUGGUGGUGCGAGUUUGAUGGUGAAGGAGGGUGGUGAAAUUGUCUUCAAGUGUGCUGCUCGUAGCCGACCUCCACCAUAUAACAUCACAUUCAUGAUCAACGGCAAAGUGUCAGGGAACACCCGCGGCGCUCGGGACACUCUGCGCCUGAGCUCCGUGACGAGACGGGACGCUGGCCUCUACACCUGCCUGGCGUCCAACACCGAGGGGGACGGUCACUCCAACGCCAUCAUGCUGCGCGUUACUUGUGAGUCUUAA